CAAAUAUGCAACCAAAAAUAUUGCGAAGACUGAAUUAGAGGACUUGAAAAAGUGAAAAAAUGGAGGUAGUAUAGUUUUGGGAAAACGUUCAACACAUGCUCCCUUCUCUGUUCCCACCUACCCAAUUUCUUUUUCCCUCGACCCCAUUAAAUGGCAGAUGGAAGAAUGCCACAAAACAAGGAAACAAGACCUGGCGCGGGAGCCAUGGAGGAUUGAUUGGUGGUGGAGCUAGCGAUAUGACACAACUUUAAUGCCACAGCCACAGGAACCAGCAUUGUCCAGAAAUUUGAGCUUGGAAUCUGACAAUCCAUCUCCACCCUACGAUCUCACAAUCCUAGGAGCAUCCGGAUUCACCGGCAAAUACGUCUGUCGUAAGAGAAGCUCUCAAGUUCCUCAACUCCCCGGCUGUGACUACUUGGAUAUCUGCGGGGAGCCGGAGUUUAUGGAGCGGAUGGAGAACAGUUACCACGACCAAGCGGUUGAGAAGGGUUGUUUCAGCUUGUGGGUUCGAUUCGGUUCCGGCUGAAUUGGGUUGGAUGUUUAACUCGAAGCAGUGGUGCCAAACCGGAUCGAGCUGUGGCUUACUUGAGCUUCGAAUCUGACAAGAAUAUUGUUGGCAACUUCGGGACUUACGAGUCGGCGGUUCUGGGUGUUGCCCAACGUGGACAAAUUGAUGGAGUUGAGGAGAUCCAAACCCAGAAGGUCUAAGCCGGAGGUGAGCAAGUCACUUUAGGUACUUUACGUUGCAUUACUAUGCUUUUUCCAUGACAUUUUCCUAAUAUAUUACCAUACUCGGAUACGGUUCUAGCAUGUUCAAGAUGGGUGCAUAAUACUUGUACAAAUAGAUAUGUACUCUUGAUUUUUAAGUGAGAGUAAAAAAUUUAAUGGGUGAUC